UUUCGCAUCAUGGCUUCUUAUGAUGGUGGAGGAUAAAGGCGGAAAAUGGGCCAGUCCGGCUCCGAUUGCACCAACCCACUUGAAUUUUGAGGGUCCAAGUGUGGUGAAAUUUGGGUACCCAGCAAUGGGUCGAGUUUGUUCCGGCGGGAUUAAGUUCAGAGAAGUCCGAACCAUCACCCACAAGGUGACGGCGGCGAAGUUUCUGGCGACUGAAACGAAGGUUGUUCGGAUUUCGUACACCGACGGCGAUGCGACGGAUACGUCGAGUGGGGAAGACGAAGAGCCACUGCUCAUCCGCCACGUCAAGCGCCACGUCACCGAGAUCAGACUUGUAAGCGAUUGUUCGAGGCGAGCGCCGGCGAAAUCGAGAGUCAAUCCGCCGCGAAAUGCGGAGAGUAGAAAAUUUCGAGGAGUCAGGCAACGGCGGUGGGGGAAAUGGGCGGCGGAGAUCAGAGACCCGUUCCGGCGGACCAGAAUUUGGCUCGGAACCUACAACACGGCGGAGGAAGCCGCCGUCGUUUACGACCGGGCCGCCGUUCGCCUCAGAGGCCCCGACGCGUUAACCAAUUUUCCGGUACCUCCCACUCCCACUACCCCACCGGAAUUUCCCACUCCGCCGCCAAAAACCCCGAAGUCGGAAAUCCAGACGACGACGACGACGGCGACGGAAUCUGGGUCUCCGACUUCGGUUCUUCGAUUCCGAACGGGGGCGGAAUCGAUGUCGGAGCAAAAUUGGAGACCCAUUAACGAGGUGAGCGAAGAAUCAGGGGUGGAGGACGAAUUCAAUUGGUUAUACGAUCGGAAUUCAAACGGAUUGUUGUUGAAUUCGAGAAGUCCGCAACCGAUGUAUUUCGGGGACAUGGAAUCGGCUAUACCGAAAUUAUACGAAGAUUUCGGGGAAAUAUCGAUGGAUUUCGGAUCAUGUAAAUGGGACGUAGAGAAUUACUUCCAAGAUCCAGCCUUUAGUAUCGCACUCAACUGAACCGAAACUCACGCACUCGCGAACCAGCUGUGAUCCUUCGUACGUGCGAAACAGGAAAUGCUAACGUUACGUGCCUGUGACUGUGACUGUGAGGUUUUUGUUUUGCAAUCUUUUAUUUAUUGAUUGAUUUGUUUUUUUUUUAAUUUUGUUGUGUUUAAUUUUCGUGUUGUAAUUGUAUUUUUUGUCUGUGCUUUAUUUUUAUUUUCAUUUUUGGAGUGAGUUCUAUUGUAUGCAAAUUGAAUAGAGUUAGUUGCAACUUUAUGUACUCCUCAACCUUUUUUAUUUUUAUUUUUUAGUUUUGAGAUAUUCAAUAAA